AUGCGAAGUGUUCUCGUCACCGUCCCUUUCCUGUCCUGCCUCGUUGUGGCGUUGGCCUUUUUGUCCAACUGGACGGCGGCCUUCGACCGGCGAGUGCCCGUCUACAUUCAGAAGCGUUUUGUCAACGCCACCGAGCUUCAGGCGUGCCAGGCGAUUGCCUCGGCCAUGAAGACGCCAGGCAGCAAGGUCGUCUACCCACUCGACCUCACCUACGCUAGCCUGAUCGAGCACUACAUGAUUUCCUCAACUCAGGCUUCCACUUGCGUGGCUGUGCCCGCUUCGCCCCAGGACAUCUCAGCCGCCAUCAAGAUCAUUGGCACCCGACGCAUUCGCUUUGCUGUCAAGGGUGCCGGCCACGCUUCCAACCAAGGCUGGUCUUCGACGCCCGGUAUCGCCUUUGGCAUGACCAACUUCAAGCAGACCAACCUGAGCGGUGAUAAGCAGACCAUCGACGUCGGCCCGGCCAACGUCUGGGAUGAUGUCUACCAGUCCCUUGACGGCUCGGGUCGCAGCGUUGUCGGCGGCCGUGUCUCUGGGGUUGGUGUCGGCGGCUUCAUCACUGGCGGCGGUGGCUACAGCUACCUGACCAACCAGUUCGGCGUCACCGGCGAUACCCUCGUCUCGGCCGAUCUCGUCCGUCCCGAUGGUACCAUCACCACCGCCUCGGCCUCGCAGAACCCCGAUCUUUUCUGGGCCAUCCGCGGUGGCGGCAACAAGUUCGGCAUCAUCUACAACUUCAAGCUGCAGACGGUGCCGUCGACGAACCAGAUCUACGGUGGCAUCCGUGUCUACGGCCCUGACCAGGUUGAGGCGGUGAAGAACGCCACGCUCGACUUCUCGGAGAACAGCAAGGACCCCAAAGCAUCGUUGCUGCCCACCUUCAACUACCUCCUCGCGCCUGGUGUGAUCGCCCUGGCCUUCUACGACGGACCCAACCCACCCGCUGGCACCUUCCGUCAACUCGAGGACACGACCAAGGUUCGACCUCUCGUCGACGGCUGGAAGACGCAGAGCCAGACGCAGCUUACCAAGGGCAUUCCGUCUGACCUCAACGGCAACCAGCGUGGUGCUUUCCACACGGUUUCGCUGCAAAAGUACAGCAAAGAGCUGCUCGACUUGAUCAUCGCUGAGUCCAAGAAAUACGGCGCGAUCGCUCCGCUCCGCAGUGCUACGCUCAUCUCGUACGACGUCGAGCCCUUCCUGCCAUACUCGCAGUACGCCAAGGAUGCUGCUUGGCCGCACAACACCAAUGCGCUGCCGCUCAACCUCUACUUUGCCUGGACCAACCCGCUUGAGGACACCUUCUGGCAGAACGCCAUGAAGACGUCGGCUGCCAAGAUCACCGCGCUCGCCCGUCAGCAGGGUCAGAACCUGGACGACCAGUACCUGUACCCCAACUACGCCCUCCGAGACACUCCUCUCUCGUCGCUAUAUGGCCCCAACCUCGCUCGCCUGCAGGCCAUCAAGAAGGCGAACGACCCUCAGGAUGUCAUGGGCCUCACCACCUACUUCCCCUUCUAA